AUGGCGGCCCCGAGAAAGAUCCAGCUCGUGCGCAUAGCACACGUGUACUAUAAGUACACAGACAUGGACAAGGCUAUUACUUUCUUGAAAGACUUCGGAUUCACUGAGGAGAAGAGGGUAUCGGAUGACAAGAUCUACUGGAGAGGAUACGGGACAGAACCGUGGGUGCUUUGCUCCAUCAAGGCAGACAAGGCCGAAUUUGGCGGCGCGAGUUUCGUCGUCGAGUCAGAGGAAGACUUGAAGAUCGCAUCCGAGACACUACCGAAAGCCACCAAGGUAUACGAUUUAUCGGAUGCACCCGGCGGUGGCAAAGGCGUAACUUUCUAUGACCCGGUCGACGGGUUUCCGUUUCACUUGGUCCACGGCCAGACCUCUGCUCAGAUGCUAGAAAUCCCUCUACCACACGAACCCGUCAACUACCCUAUCGAAAAGAACAGACCUGCAGGCAGGUUCCAGCGAUUCGAGAAGCGGCCCGCUCCGGUACACAAGCUCGGUCACUUUGGUGUGAGGUCGACGAACUUCGCAAAGGCUUACAAGUUCUACUGCGAUCAUUUUAACCUUAUAGCCAGCGAUCUCAUUCACGACGCCGAGAAGAUUGACCGGACGGUAUUUUACCGGAUAGAUAGAGGAGACGAACCGGUGGACCAUCACGUCUUUUUCUUCGCCGAAGGUACCCCGUACAGAGUGCACCACUCUUCUUUUGAGACGCACGACUUCGACACUCAAGUCCUAGGUCAUGACUGGCUGCGAGAGAGGGGUUACAAGAACUGCUGGGGUGUUGGGAGACACGUCCUUGGCAGUCAGAUCUUCGACUACUGGUACGACCCGCACGGCUUCAUUAUGGAGCACUAUGUCGACGGUGACUUAGUGACCGCUUCUGAGCCCACGCAUCGCUCGCAGGCUGGUCCUGGAAGUCUACACGUGUGGGGUCCCGAUGUUCCUGGAGAUUUCCUGGACUAA